AUGCCCCGCCCUAUCUCCCGCACCAACUGGCUACGCCUGCAGCAGCAGCAGCAGCAGCAGCAGCAGCAGCAGCAGCAGCAGCAGCAGCAGCAGCAGCAGCAGCAGCACAGCAUGAAUAGCAGUAGAUGCAGUAGAAGCUGCAGCAGCAGCAGCACCAAGAGCAGCAGGCCCCAAGGCAGUGUGUUGUUGCAGCAGCAGCAGCAGCAGCAGCAGCAGCAUCACCACCACCACCACCAACACCAUCAGCAGCACCAGCAUCACCAGCAGCAGCAGCAGCAACAGCAGCAACAGCAGCAGCAGCAGCAGCAGCAACAGCAGCAGCAGCAGCAGAAGUAA